GAGCUGUUUUCUGUGAGCUCACCAUGCAGAGACUUCACUGCUUUCUGCUGCGCACAUUACAAUCAAGGCGCCAUCUAUACCAGCAGACGACUCAGCACGACUAAAGUUUCACUUAGUGUUUCUAUUUUUCACCAACUACAAAACCGAAAUUGAAAGUAAAAUGGCCGAACUCCAGCGAUUACUUCAGUCUAACGAGGUCUUCAGAUUUGAACCCAUGAAAGCUUUUCUGUCUGGUCUUCAGCAGACGACCACCGCCUCGCCCGUAAAUCUCAACGAAACUACUGGUGCCCUUCCACUGAAUGCUAAUGUCAACCUAACCCGUGGAUCUCCUGGCUUUAACGCCAACCUGAACACCACCAACCUGAACACCACCUCCACCAUCACCAUCGACAACCAAGGGCACGCCAACAUCAACACCAACGUCUCAGCUACAGUUUCACGUUGUCCUGUCAGACAAGAGACUGAUACCCAGACACAAGCGACACCAGACCCUAACGCUAAUGUUUCUGAUGUGGCCAGACUUCUGAUUGGGAUCCGCGAGGAGACAAAUGAAUCUGAGAAAGUGUUACUGAAACAAAUCACUGACACGAUUGUAGGCGCCCACCUGGACACCACCAUCAACACCCACGCCAAUGUCUUGGACGCCAACGAAAGAAUUAAAGAAUCUAAUGAACAGGUGGACAGCAACAACCCAAGUCUCGUCUGGAAACAGUUCACCACCUCAAUGGUCCCAGAACUGACCAAGGUCAUCAACUUCUGCAAGAUGCUGCCAGGAUUCUCCGAGGUCAACCCCGAGGAUCAGAUCCAGCUCAUCAAGCAGGGCAGCUUCGAGGUUAUGGUGACACGCAUCUCCCUUCUGAUUGAUGAGGUCAGCCAGGAAAUGUUGGACCCGCAGCUCAAGAUGAAAUGCAAAAGAGAUGUUGUCCGUCAGAUGCCUAUGGGGCCACUCAUAGAUCAAAUGUUUCAAGUGGCAGAACAGUUGAACCCACUCCGAUUGACCGAUGGAGAGUAUGGUCUGUUCACAGCAGCCUUACUCAUUUCCCCAGAUAGAACAGGUUUACAGAAUGUGUCAUCAGUCAAGACUAUUCAAAAAUUGUAUUUGAGAGCUCUCUACCAACUAUUGAAACAGACACAUAAUGACCCAGAUAAAACGUUCAGAAAUCUUCUGAGUCUCCUGCCACUCCUGAACCAGAUCAACCAGAGCCACAUCAAAUUCUUGAACAACAUCAAAGACAAAUCUCCAGAGAUGUUCUCAGCCCACUUCCCACAGCUCCACCAAGAAGUCUUCGUCAGCUAAACACAUUCACCAUCUGAAUACUUUGCAGUAAACACAUACACUAAACUAAUGGCAACUAACACAGCUAUGUGCAGUCUGUGAAAACAAAUAUCUCUCCCUCAGAGAUGCAGCCACUGGACCAGAUCCACUUUAAAGAUGUACUUAUUUAUUAGUCUAGAAUGUAUUAUUUAUUGAUAGUAUAAGUUUAAGUGAGGGGGGCGUCAGUUUUUUAAUUAUUUUUCUUUGGCCAGGUACUUGAAUGAAUAGCUAGACUAGUAGCAGUACUAUUCAUGUCUUUACCUUGCAUGCCAAUUAGUCCUAUUGGUCCCUUAUGUGACAUAUUAUGAACAUCCUUGACAUUGAGAGCUUAUUAUCAUGGAUCAUAUGUCUUCAGAAAUCCAUAUUGUAUCACCUGGUGAUGACUGCACUAUGUCUUGGACAUGCCCCCUUCCCCUACCUCCUCCACCCCACCAUCGAUAUUUAUGAAACUUAUGCAAAUCACUUUGUUUCCUGUCCGAUGUUGUUUAGAUCAGGACCAAAUGCAGAUAUUAUUUAAAGCAAUCGUGUUCACGUGUUGACAGUGUGACAUUAAAAGAAGUAACAAUGUGAUAUGUAGUGUGUGAUGUGGUGUGUGUGGUAUGUAGUAUGAUGUGUUGUAUGAUGUGUGAUGUAUUGUGUGAUGAGUAUAGUGAGAUGUGUUGUCAGUUGUGCAUAUGACAACGAGUGCAUUGUUUGAUCACAAGUUGUAAAAAAGUCUGGCACGCUUGAUUUGCCAGGUAAAAAUGUUUGAAGUUGACUGAAAAACAAAUGUAAAUAGAAACAAAACAAAUCAAUGACGUAUGUACACAUUAAUGUAUGUAAGCUCAUGAACAAAGAAUGUGUGUGUGUGUGUGUGUGUGUAAUGUGCAGAUGUGGCCAUUGGAUUCUCGACUAGAACGAAUGUAAAUGUUCUCCACAAAUGUGAGACAAAAAUCGAGAUAUAUAUAUAUUUUUUUUUUAUAUGUAGUAAUGAACUUAUGAUAUCGUCUCAAUAUUACCAGUUUGUUCUACUUUUUUUACUACUGUACAAUUGUUAUACACACGAGGCACAAAAAAAAAGUUUGUAUUGCAGAAAUAAAUUAUUUUAGUGAACAGA